AUGUCAAAUUAUAACAUAUCUCCCUAUGUUUAUCGAAUAAACUUACAUGAAAAUGAAUUUCAUCCAAGUCCUAUUCCAGCUGUAGGAAAUAGUGGUAUUUCCUCAGCACUUCAAAGUCUACAAGUACCAUAUCAGUACCACUUCUUUUAUAAAAUUAAAUUGAUGCCUGGAGAAAUUGCGCCAAUUAUUGCUAAUUCUUUGGAUAUUAAAUUUAUAUUACAUUAUGUCGUGACCAGUAAUCGUCCAUUUGGAAUUUGCCACAAAAUUAACGAAAAUAUGUGUACAUAUGGUACACUAGCUGCAAUUUGUGACCAUUCUAAAGUCAUGGAAGCUACUACACCAGAAACAUAUGAAAUUAAAGUUAAGGGCUUACAGCUAUUUCAACUUUUACAUGUCAAAUCAUUUCCUGAUAGUGAUAAUGAAACACUUGCUUUGGCUCGAAUCAAAUUUAUACAAAAUAUUACAAUAAAACAACAUCCGUACAAUGAACUGUGUUUACGUCCAAAGAAUAUAAUUUAA